UGCCGCGCCUGCAAGUCGUCAUCCGGGUGUUGGUCGGUUCGCCUGCAGUGUGUGAGAGUCGUCGACACCGUGUGUGUAUUGCAUACGAUACACAGUCGGUGAACUGACUGUGUGCCGACAGUGCCGCGUGUUCGACCAAUUGGUACCACACAGGUACCAAGCGCGAUAUCAGUCCGCGGUCGCAGUCUUCGCGCUCGCUACGCUGGCUCGUCUCUGCGCGAAACUCUUUUCGGAGUCAACGUUGUCGUCGCGUAUAUACGCACGCGGUAGGUGAUUCAUCAUAGUCAUUGAUGGAUGCGGAGAUUAAUUUCUCGAAGAAGAGACGUGCACUUGAAUACAUCACCGGAGAUUCGCUUCCGAAACAAAUAGUGCUCAGAGCGUUCGUGAGGCUCCCGUUUCACCUUUUACAUUCGAGGAUACGAACGGGAGACACGAUCGCGCGGUCGACCGUGUACAAGAAGACACGUCGGUUGCGGCAGGUCACGCGAAGAACAGGUCUGAAGAUGGCCUACAUUACCCGGUCUUAUCGGUGAGAGGAACGCAGUUUGGCCGUGCGACUUAACUGGAAAAGAAUCGACGAACGGAGAGACCCAGGAAAAGAGAAAAAUGGGACACGCGUGGUGCAAGGAAAGAACUUCCAAAGCCCAAGACUCCAAGUCCCCGUUGGAUCGUGUUUUCGUGCGCUGCGCUCACCGAAUUUAUCCGAGUUUAAAGGAGGAAGGCUCGGUCUUGGGAGGCGCCACGCAGCGAGUUACGAGUUCAGAAAUAGGAUAUGCCGGCUCACCACCGAAGGAGGCACUCACAAGGGGACGCAGCAUAGAUUCCGUGGACAGACCUUUUCAUCCCAGUGACUGGGUGGACGUUAAUCUGGAAGUGCCUAGCCCGCCAAGAGCGAGCUCGACUCUCACCAAUUCGAUCGUCGACAUUAGCCUGUACCGCGCCGUUACACCCACGUCCAGCUGUUCCAAUCUAAAAGAUAUCACUCCGGUACCACCUCCGAGACGAAAAAAAAGAAACAGGAGCAGACCUUUGCCGCCGAAACCGGACGAGAUUCAUGAGAACGUAACCGAUAAUUUAAGACGCGACGAUGAACCGUUAUGCUCGUUGGCCAAGUCACCGAAGACGAGUGGCGAUGAUGAUCCGGACAAUAAUGUUGAGAUGCGGAAAACAGGGAAGGAAGAUCCAAAGCAUGAAGGGCGACGAACGAAAGAGAUAUACGAGCAUAAAGUUAACGGGACCGGAAGAAUAAUAUCCAGCGACGUGGUUUCCGGCAAGAGAACGUCCGACAAGAAAACUUGGAGGAGUUCGGAGCCGAGCCAGCAUCACAGGAAAGUUCUCGAGAACGAGGAAUACGAGAGAUUCGCCUGGAGCCAGUCGAUCAAGGACUCUUCGACUCCUAAUCGUCAGGACAGACGGAAGUCGAAGGAGCUCGAGAAGCGGAUCAGGGAUUCCUCGAGAGACGAUGAAAGACCGGAAGCAAAUACAAGGACAAAGAACUACAGCACCGUUAGCCUGCCGAAUUACGAUGAGUUGGACGUACCUGGUCGUUCGGCGAAAGACGAAAAAUGCGCGAGGGAAAAAAUUAAGCCGAGGCGACCAGUCAGAAGCAGCACUGGCUCGCUUCCGGCCGAAUCCUUCCUCUCACCUUUCUCCGAGAAAACUAGUGUUCACCUGGAAGACUAUAUUCCGCGACGUGGCAGCAUAGAGCACUUGUCGCCGUAUCAGGUGCUCGGGAGGCUGAGUUCCAGUGAGAAUGAGGUUACCGAUGGCGGAUUCAUGAAGUACGAUCCGAGUAAAUUGGAGGAUUGGGACCUCAGCGACAUCAGUAAUUGCGACUCGAACCAGCGUCUCUCCGCUGAGAAUUUAACACGAAUCCGUAACGACGAAUCCGUGCAAAAAAAGUUUUCUGAUGGUGUGGACGUUGUUGAUUGUUCGCAAAAUAUCGGAACCGGAGAAGCUGAAACGGUCGAGAUCGAAAUCUCGUGCGUUCGUCGAGAUACGACUUCGCCAUUGCAAAAACCCGAAUCUUUCGGCAAGGCACCGUCUCCGAUACUCGAAUGCGAUACAAAAUCGAUAUCUCUUGACGAUUGGUUUAUAAAUCAAAACAGGUACUUUGAUCCUCCCAAGAUGUCAGAGAUCUGUCAGGUAUCACCUGCUUGCAAGCUAGCGACGUCGCCAAUUCGUAGAGAACCAUUUUUUCUAAAUGAGGAACUUCAUCGAUCGGCUUUAGAUACGAUCGGAGGGUCCUGCAGGAACGGCACCGUCGUCCGAGAAUCCGAUCGAUUCGACCAAUCGAGGCUGAUCUUCGGCCGUAGCCUGUCGAACGAAAGCGAGCCGUACGACGAUCCGUAUGAGUCCAAGGAGCUACGCGCACAUUCCGACGUAACGAACAAGUUAAUCAGAACAAUAUCGGAGGAGUCGCUGCCGCAGGAGAUGCUCGAGGGAGUAGACGAGGAGAUUGUCGAUUUCUUUGACGAGAAGUUGGCCAAGGACACGACUAACAGAUUAAAAAAAGAUUGCCAGGAUCAGCGAACGAAGACGCCGCCGCCCAGUCCGGAGCCAAAGAUCAAAGCCCAGAUUCUUGAUAACGAUCAUUCGACUCUGCUGAAAGUGUUAAACGACGACGCUGCCGAUGGAAGCAAUCUUAGCUCAAUGACGCCGAGUCUCACCGAGCUCGAGGUCGCGCUUUCGGACAUGCUGGAGAAGGAGGAUCAUCCCGAAAUCGCGAAACAAAACGACACAGACGAAGAGCGGUGCAAACAAAGCUCGGUGACGGAGAAACUUCUCGAACCGAAGAUCGUACCUGUGGAAAAGCAGAAAUCAGUCGACGGAAGUGCGACGGAUCAACAUCGCUCAGCGAGCGAUGACAUUCUAGUCGAUCGAAUAUUUGAACCGAAGACAGAACAGUUGUCGGUAUCUCUCGAGCAAAUCCUCGGAGAUUCGAAAUCGACACCGACGAAGAAGCGGAAAGUGUCCUUCUGCGCCUGGGAAGAGAAAGUCAUGAUGGAGACGGAGAACGGCGACGCGUCUGAAAACACAGACGAGGCGACAAAUACUGAUAAAAAAUUUGUCGUUCAGUCGAAACCAGAAUCGAGCGCUGAUUUGUUCGAGAACAUCUGGACUAACACGAAGAGCGGCGAGGUAUCUAUCGGAGAAACGUCCGAAAACAAAUCGUUUCAAAAUUUCGAGAACGCAACAGAGAAUUCGGAGCAAAUUCCCACGCCGCCACGAAGAAAGAACAAAAAUUCCGGUGUUAUAAAAGAGUCGAUCAGGACGAUAGAAAAUUAUCCUGACAAUUCUGAUCUUCGUCCAAAUGACAGACUCAUUUAACACUUAUCCGACCGGUUCGGAAAUGCCGAGCCGCCACGCGCAAAUAAUCGGCUCGGUAAGCCGUAAGCCGAUUAAAAGGCUUCCGGUCGAUAAGCGCCGCUAGCAAACUGUCUAAUCGUUUUUAAACGAUCGGACGAUUAAUAACUAUAGAUUGCGUGAUCUCGUAAUCUUUUUUCUUUUAUUGUUAUUAUGUAACUACAAAAUGUUUUGUGCCACAUGGAUCGUUACUAUAUGUUUAAUUUGUAAUUGUUAUAAGUUUAUUAACAACAUCGGCGUCAAAUCAAUGUAAGAAAAAAACUCGGAGUUCAACACAAUAAAAGACAUGUAAUAACGGUGAAACUAAAUGUGUGUUGGUCUUGAAAAAAAAAAACAGCAUACUCUAUUCGAUGGUAUAUAAAAAUCGAACACACAAAAGAUGUGAAGUUUUUCUCGCCGAUGUUAACCGACGUUUUUAUUUAUCUUUUUUUUUUUUUUUGUAUGCUUUUCGAGAAGCCUGGGAUUUGAAAAAUAUUUUCCAUGUAGCGCAAAAGAAAUCAAGUUCUUCCGUAGAUCAUGCGGAGAGGCAAAUAUUUUCCCAUGCGAAUAUAACAGAAAGAACAAAUAGCCAGAUCUCCGCGCUGUAUAUUCGUGUUGAAUAUUUUUCUCGGAUAUUUUUCUAUAUGUGGUAGUUAGAUGCGUAUUUCGAGUAAUCUCUCGAAGAAGUGUCACAAAAUGUAUUCCCUCCUUCUAGUAAACUUGUCUACCUCUUUAAUUUUUCAAUGAAAUUCGUGCGCGUAUCUAAAUUACCCACAGAAUCAUAUAAAUUUGUUGUUAUUAAUUAUCAACAUUCUUGUAUAAUGUUGUUUAAAUUAAUUUUUAUUGUUUAUUAUUUCACCACAAAUUAACAUUGUUAUCUUUCGUUAUCUUUAUAGAUCUAUUUCACAGUUUUAUCGAUUUCUUACUUAUCUUUACAGAAAACAUGAUGUUUAUAUCAAUUUUAUUAUCAAAGUAAGUGUUUUGUUAACAAAAUUAUUAUUGUUUAUCGAAUCACCGUUACACGUUGAUAUAUUCGAUAUAUGUGUAAGUUGUCUGUCAGGUUUUAAUCUCCAUCCGGUCCGGUACACAACACAUGAUUCGCAAGAAAAGUUGCUAAGAAAGAACCAAGAAAAUCGCAGAAAAACCGAAAGACGAAGUUUGUCAUUACGGGAGAGCUUUGCGCAAUAUAUCCGGUCGCAACUUAAUCUCGUUCACGUUUGAACGACCAAGUCCUUGUAAUAUAUUGUACGUAUAGCGAGCGUUUAACUACGCGAUAAAUUGUUUAAUAAUGUUUGUUGUAUAGUAUCAAAACACACAGGCUUUGAAGUAAAUAAAUCAUUUUAUUCAAUAGCUUUCAUUUCUAUUUCACAUCAUUACAUUUCGAAAAUUGAAGAAAAACUCAAGUUUAAAUGUUCAAGUAACAGAAAUAUUAAUAAGAAAUAUUAAUUGUACUUUUGUUUUUAAUUCACGUUGAUAUAUUUAA